CGAACGUGAUGUCAGAACGCCGUCGAGCUAAAAAUGUUAGCCUGUGUUGUUAAGUCUGAAAGCUACGGGGGAUUCGCCAGACGAAAAUAAUACCGUUUCAUCGUCUAGAACCAGAUGCACAACCCACACAUCACCGUAGCGUGUUCUUUUACGUUUUUAUAUACGCUUUAAGCGAGCGUCUUGGGUUUAUCCUGAGAGAAAGUUCGUUGGUUAUUUUGUGGGAGUGAUGUCGAAUCCUGGCACUCGAAGGAACGGGUCAAGCAUCAAAAUCCGACUGACAGUAUUAUGUGCCAAGAACCUGGCAAAGAAAGACUUCUUUCGGUUGCCGGAUCCUUUCGCUAAAGUGGUGGUGGACGGCUCAGGUCAAUGCCACUCUACAGACACGGUCAAAAGCACGUUGGACCCCAAGUGGAAUCAGCAUUAUGACCUGUAUAUUGGGAAGGCAGAUUCCAUCACCAUUAGUGUGUGGAACCAUAAGAAGAUCCAUAAAAAACAAGGGGCGGGUUUCCUAGGCUGUGUGCGACUCCUCUCCAAUGCCAUCAGCAGACUCAAAGACACAGGCUACCAACGUUUAGACUUAUGCAAGUUAAACCCGUCCGACAGUGAUGCUGUACGUGGACAGAUCGUUGUGAGUCUGCAGACCAGAGACAGAAUUGGCAGUGGAGGGCCUGUGGUUGACUGUAGAGGGCUGGUUGAGAAUGAAGGGCCCGUCUUUGAAGACUCGGGGCCCGGCCGGCCUCUCAGCUGUUUCAUGGAGGAGCCCAUGCCCUACACAGAUCCCACAGGGGCUGCCGGUGGUGGGAACUGCCGGGCACUCGAGUCGCCCAGUCAAGAGCAAAGAAUCCAAGCACAACGUACAAGAAACCAGGAUUCAAGAGGACACGCGCACACCCCCCAAAAUCGACCGCAUGGACACCAGUCCCCCGACCUCCCCGAGGGCUACGAACAAAGGACCACAGUGCAGGGCCAGGUCUAUUUUUUGCACACACAGACCGGCGUGAGCACCUGGCACGAUCCCAGAAUACCCCGGGAUUUGAACAGCGUGAGCUGUGAGGAGCUGGGCCCUUUGCCGCCCGGCUGGGAGAUCAGGAGCACUGUGUCAGGAAGAAUAUAUUUUGUCGACCAUAAUAAUAGAACCACACAAUUCACCGACCCGAGGUUACACCACAUCAUGAGCCAGCACACUCAGGUGAAAGAGUCGAGCCAGGCUCUACCGGUGCAGAUGGAGGUCGGUGUGGAGGAGGCUGAUGGAGAGAUACCAGUCCGCUACGAGAGAGAUCUGGUCCAGAAAGUGAAAGUUCUCCGUCAUGAGCUCUCCCUGCAGCAGCCUCAGGCUGGACACUGCCGCAUAGAAGUGUCCCGCGAGGAGAUCUUUGAGGAGUCUUACAGACAGAUCAUGAAAAUGAGACCCAAAGAUCUGAAGAAGCGUCUGAUGGUGAAGUUUCGGGGAGAGGAGGGGCUGGAUUAUGGUGGAGUUGCUAGGGAGUGGCUUUAUCUCCUCUGUCAUGAGAUGUUGAAUCCAUACUACGGGUUGUUCCAGUACUCUACUGAUAACAUCUACACACUACAGAUCAACCCAGACUCAUCCAUCAAUCCUGAUCAUUUGUCUUACUUUCACUUUGUCGGGAGGAUUAUGGGUCUGGCUGUGUUCCAUGGGCACUACAUCAAUGGAGGCUUUACGUUGCCCUUCUACAAACAGCUCCUAGGGAAACCCAUCCAGCUUUGUGACCUUGAGACUGUGGACCCAGAGCUGCACAAGAGCCUUGUGUGGAUUCUAGAGAAUGACAUCAUGUCUGUUCUGGACCACACGUUCUGUGUAGAACAUAAUGCUUUCGGCAAGUUCCUCCAGCACGAGCUUAAACCAAACGGCAAGAACAUCCCAGUCACAGAGGAGAACAAGAAAGAAUAUGUGAGGCUGUAUGUCAACUGGAGGUUCAUGCGUGGCAUUGAGGCCCAGUUCCUCGCCCUUCAGAAGGGCUUCAACGAACUCAUCCCACAGCAUCUGCUCAAGCCUUUUGACAACAAGGAACUUGAGCUCAUCAUUGGUGGUUUGGGGAAGAUCGAUUUGAACGACUGGAAGGCAAACACGCGGCUGAAGCACUGUGUAGCUGACAGUAACAUGGUAAAGUGGUUCUGGCAGGCGGUUGAAUCAUUUGAUGAGGAGAGAAGAGGCCGGCUGCUGCAGUUUGUCACGGGCUCAACGCGUGUCCCUCUACAAGGAUUCAAAGCGUUGCAAGGUUCUACAGGUUCUGCAGGACCAAGACUCUUCACUAUUCAUUUAAUUGAUGCCAACACAGAUAAUCUGCCUAAAGCCCACACGUGCUUCAACCGGAUCGACAUCCCGCCUUACGAGUCAUACGAAAAGCUCCAUGAGAAGCUCCUGACAGCUGUGGAGGAGACGUGUGGCUUUGCAGUGGAGUGAGCGAACAUGCGCCCUGUCCGGCCAGCCAGCAAUGGCAGCAAACCUAUACAACAGCCCCAGCCAUCCUUCUCACCCUCCUCCCCGUCUCCAGGACAGACACACAGACGUUUGCAUCUCCUGCCAGUCUGAAAGCCUGGACUGCAACGGAGGGAAGCAGGAGCUCUCAAAGACUUCAAGACUCCUCACGGCGCGGUCGGGAAUUGUUUUUCGCAUUUCCGUAAUAAGUUACAGAGAAAUCUGAUCAACCUUUUUUUGUUUCUCAGAAAUCCAGUUUGUGUCGUCUUUGUCACUGAAGCGGUGGCUUGAUAGCUAGAGUCCGACUGCUUUACCGCAGUAAACAGAGCUUUACUGAGCCUGUGGUCCACAUGAAAUGAUGUUUCAGUCUAGGUGCAGUGUUGAACCCAAGCAGAGCCUGUGAUAAAUAAACCAGUUUACCUGAAGCAAAAGUGUCUUGAAGGAGAUGGAGACGGGCGGCCUUUUGUCAUGCUCGAUAUGUACGUAGCACCUAUUUUCGUAACGUUCUUUUAACAUCCCGUCAGUAGGAUGGCAUUUCAGUGGUGUCCAUUUCCGUACUCAUCACCGUUCUCGUUGUAGAAAUUUUAACUCGAUUGCUUGAAAUGUUUUAUUGAAAUGUGUUUGUUUUUCUACGAUCAAGAACUUGAUGGCUUAAAUGUGAGUCUUGGGCCUCAUUUGGGAACUGUGAAUGUAACAGUGCCCGUGUGUUACUCUUCAGCUGAAGCACAAAGAUCUUGUGCAGUCUAAAGAUGGACCAUAGCCCUUGGAAAUUCUAGUGUCUGCAUUUUCCAGAGCAAGCCAGUAUUUUCAGAUCCUUUAUCCAGCGAGCAUUCCUCCGUUGUCAAGAAGAGAACUACUUUUUAAUGUUAAACAAGUGGGGUUUUGAUAUGCAGAUUUUGAUGAGUCAACUUGUUUGUUACCUUCUUUCACAACAUUCUGUUUCACAGUGUCCUGCAUCUAACAGACCGAAAGUGGACUAUCCUUGUUAUCUUUCAUAAAAUGACAGAAUGCAAAGAAAACAGUUUGUGAAUGCUGUAAAGAAGCUCUUUUUGUCCUUAAUUUUCAUUGGACCCCCUUAACCCUACUCAUCUCUAUUAGUGUUACCGUUUUCGUAAUGAUGUCUCAUUAACUAUUUUAACUUCUCUUGACAUAUGAGACUCACCUCCGGACUGUUAUUUACAUGUCUCUGUAAUGGAAACCACUGCUUCAAGAAACAUAAUCUAGCACUUUCACCGGCACAUGCACAAUCACCUCUCAUUCAUUAUAGCAUUUGAUGCUCCUCAGCUUCAUUUGCCUGUGGAGCCACAUCUCAUGUUUUAGCAGUUUGCCUCAAGGGGAUCAGGUUUUCCAUGUUUGGUCCAGGUUUUAGUAUAGUAAAAGAUCAGGGAGGCAUAUUGGAUUUCAUAACGCAGUGGCACCAGAAUCAUCCUUCUCAAUGUAAAGAAGAUUGAGCCAACCUCAGUGUUUCUUCAACCACUUUUGAUUUCUUUUUUUAACCAAUUAUUUAUUACCAUGUAAUGUCUUUUUUAAGUAUUGCUGCUAUGACCAUAAUUCCCUAGUUUUCCGAGAAGGCUGAGUUCUUGUGAAAGCUGUACACUAAUCUCCUUUAUUUUAUGUAUGAUUCAAAGUAUUUAAACCUGCUGCUGAUUCUAAAGGGGCUCACGGGGGCGGGGACACCUGACCCUUGACCCGGAUGGAGUUGGCAUGUGAUGUAGGCUGGGCCCCGGUGGUCAUGUUCAUAUUUGUGAUAUAUGCAAUAAAAUCCAUCACAUUUA